CUGGGUUCGGUAAAGACUGGUAAUGAGACAGUAACCGCUGCACUCCGCUUCUGCAGCAUGAAAAUGAAGCUCGAGCGAGGUCCGUGAAUGCAGGCCUUCCCUCGUCCGCAUCCGUCAGUCAGCCUCUUCCUCGCGCGUCUCCUCUUUUAGCACCACCUCUCUUCUUGUUCUUUUCUUCCUCUUCUCCUCUUCUCCUCUUCUCCUCUUCACCUUCCGCAGCCGUGCAUCUGUGGUUCCACAAUCUCCUCACUUCGUCACUACUCUUCCCAUUCUCCCUGCCGGCCUUGUACCUACUCCAGCUUCACCUUGCUGUCUCUUUUACCUCAUCUCCUUCGUCUUUCACCCUUCCUCUCGACUUUGUAUCCUCGCUCUCGUCAGCUUGGAUUUCGAGACGUACAGGUUAUUCUUACCUUGUUAUCUAGCUCACUUGACUAAGUAGAUCGGAAUUCAUCGCGUGCCUUUCGCAUCUGACCGCGUUCGACUAUCGCCGUACGACUACGUAUCCUCCGAUUCAUAAUGUGUCCGAUGCUCCUCAGCUCGCUACGUGACGGUCCAGCAAUGAUCCUUUCCCCUCCCCAGGACCAUGACUUCUUUCAAUUCCCUCAUCAGCCGAAGCUGGAUGCUGCUCCCUCCGGUGCUCCCUUCGCCAACACCUUUGGCUCUCAUUCAUUUUCAUCCGGAGUGAAUUCGUCCAGAGCUCCGUCCUUCACCGGCCUCGCAACCAGCAGCAAACCUUCGCGCAAGCGCUCGCGUGAUGACGUCGCUGCCGAGGAUUUCAUUACCGAACGAGCUCCCAAGUUCUCACCUCCUGUUCCCGCACGCAAGGAAGAGCCGAUUUACGGAGAAGGCAUGACCCUGAUCAACCCUCGAACAAGAAUGGCACUUUCGGCAGAGAGCCAAACCGGGACCUGGUACGAAGAAAGAAUGGAAACUGCCAUGGCCUCCGCGCCGGCUGUUUCAUCACAAACGCAUGCCUCAUCCCACACGAGCCGCAAAUUCCAGCGCUUGGAUCCUUCUGCCCCGGGCCUAGACGAUAUUGCCUCUUCUAGGAUUCAACGGCAUCUCCAAGAGAACGACGGCGAAGAUAACCACCGGCCCCUCAAUAACCCUGCUAGCUCGAACCCUUUCUCGCCGGAGGAACCUUUGGUGGAUGAUGCCACUCGUCUUCUUGGAAUUAGCUGGCAACGCGUCCCAGCCAGCAAUGACCCUGACAUGGCAGCUGCCUUGCGUGGUUGGAAGAGGGUUAUCGACCGACAGUUUUCGCGACACCUAGUGGAUGCUGAAAUCCUCGUGAAGAACCGUGCUCUAGGCGCCUACCUCGUUUCCGCGCGGCCAAUUAUACCCUUGAGUGGUCCUGCACAAGUGCCCGCCUUUUAUCUUUUCAAGGAAGACCUCUCUCAAGGCCAACUUGUGGCUUCAUCCUGGGACUCUUGCAUGCGCAACCUCCAGUCGACUCCGAUCUCGUUCGAGGGCACCGAGGUUCUCAAUGCGUCGGACAGACCAUGCAACUCAGUUACUACACAGAACCACAACCUGCUAGCAACGAGCGGCGCUGAACCGGGGCUUCCACUCCUGCAGACUCUCUGCACCCCGCCAGUUUCUACUGGUGUCGGAAUGAACGGCGGCAUGGGGUCGGGGACGGGGAUGGACAUUGACGUAUAAAACCGCUUCAACGCAAAGGUCGACCGGACACCGCCGCCUCGUCUUUUCUCCUUGUCAAUCCAUCAAACGACCGCGAUCUCUCGCAUCGAGAGAGGACGAAAGCGACAGCCGUUUCGCGAAUUCCCCGGCGUGACUCCUUUCUUUACUGAUCUCAACAUUGCCAGUUUUUUUUCGCUCUCGAAAUCUUCUCUGAAAGAUAUCGAAAAAUGUUUGUGAAUCUCUUUUCCUCUACUCUCUCUUAUUUUUCUUCUUGUAUUUUCGCCAUUGUUAUCUUCCACAUUGCGUUUCUGGGCUUGAUUAUAGGAUUUGGCGUUGUGUCAUGGAUGACUGGACGGUUCAUGGGAUGGGAUCGAAUAGUUUUGCUUUCUGAAUUUUUGCGUGUUUUCUCUUAUUCCUUUGAUAGCUGUACCCUAUCUCGCCCGGAUAUCCUCUCGUAUUGCUGCGUCAUCACAACAGCACAGAGCAACUCAAAAGAUUAAAUAAGAAGAAGAAUGGAAUAAGAAUUGAGCUCUGAGUGCCUCCCACUGCAUGGUCUCAUCAAUAUUGGAAUCUUCCGUGUGCUUCUAUAGUUGGACAGGU